UACCCAUCAUGCAGAGCCACGGAGUGACGUCACAUCAUAGUUUUCAUCAGGAACCGGAACCAUAAAAGUUGUUUCGCCGUCGCCUUUGUUGUGUUAAACCUUUCGUUUUCUGAUCUGAGCUCGGCAUUUAAGGAAUACUACACAACAACAUAGACCACAUCCACUAUGAAUCUUGAACGAAUGCCCAAUGAGGAGAAACUAAGCCUUUGCAGAAGAUACUAUUUAGGUGGUUUUGCAUUCCUUCCCUUUCUCUGGCUUGUUAAUGUGGUGUGGUUUUUCAAAGAGGCUUUUGUUAAACCUGCCUACACGGAACAACCAAACAUUAAAUCCUAUGUAAAGAAGUCAGCGCUGGGGCUUUUACUGUGGGUGGCGGUGCUGACGACGUGGAUCACCAUAUUCCAACAUUUCAGAGCUCGGUGGGGAGAGAUCGGAGAUUAUCUUUCCUUCACCAUUCCGCUCGGCACAGCCUGAGGAAAAGCGUUGCUUCACCAUACCUCUUUUAGUAUUUUUUUUACUUGCCUAAUUUUACCACUGUCGUCACAUUCAACAUUAACUGGAUUUGUCUGCGAGUUGUGGUAUUUAGUGAACUGAUGAAAUCAUUUGUUGGUUGGGUGAAAUAAUACGGACACAAAUCAUGCAUCAUGCUGAAGACCAAGAGCUUUUUUCUGCACUACUACUUAAUAUCUCACCCAUUUGUUUUACCGUUUUAGCUGGUAUGUUUAUCAUGUUGUUAUAACACUUUAUAAUCUGUCAAUGCAUUAAAGAUGAUGUAUGAUAAAACUGGCGGACCAGGCAGGUCCAUACAAAAUAAAGUUUUCGACUGUAUUUCAGCAGUUGAUGUGACAUGCA